CUUUAAUCUUAUUCUUCCUCCUUUGUCUCAGAGCUCGAGUUCCACUGAACCGGCAUUGUUGUCUGUGAAAUUUAGCACUUCCUACCAGUACAUCCUGCACUUCAUACCUUCCAAGUUCCCACAGUUUCGACGCCUCGCACCGCAGUCUCCGCCGUGGUUGUUCGCAGUAUCCUGAAACCCACUGAAAUCUUAUUGUUUGUCCAUCCGUGAUCGCCGCUUCUCAACACUGCAUGCUUAGGAAGAAGUGAUCUGGGCUCCUUCUUGCCCGAAAAGAUCAUCGGGUUGACCAGGAAAUGUAUAUUCCGUCGCUAUCCCAAGGGCUGGCUGCCCGCUCCACCGGUGGUGGCUCAGGGGGCACCACAAAACUUAUCGUCAUAAUAGUCGUAGUGGCCGUUGUAGGACUUGCGACUGCACUCUUGGUGUUGUUUCUCAUCCUUCGCACUCUUCGCAAAUUGAACUACGCGCCAAAAUACAUCCCAGGAAAAUACUUGAAAAAGAAAUGGGAGGAUUGGAGGCCCGGCAUUUCCUACGGUCAGGUUCCCAACAGGUCCAACUCACCGGUCCGCCAAGAUACCUCGUACCGCGGGGCUGCUGCUACUCCGCCGCCGCAGAACAACGCAAAUGUUCGUCGUGAUACUUCUAUUCGGUCUAUCAUCACUCUGCCUUCAUACUCGUUUAGCCCGAAGCCUACGGAGCAGGUCAUUGCCCGUGAGGGAGAACGUGGAGGCAUGGAUGUUGUGGUUGAGUUCCCUGAAACGGCGGAUGAGGAGGAAGCUCGUAGAGAGGAGCAUAUGGAGGCCCUGUAUCAGGUUCGUCUUCAGCGUCGGCAGGAGUAUGAAGAACGGGAGGCCCGGCGCAGGGAGCGUCGUGAAGCCUUGGCACGUGGAGACUACAACCGUCUGGAACAACUCCGGCAGCAACACGCUCGUGAAGGCCGUGAACGGUCCGGUAGUGGUAGUAGCAACUUGACUACGGCCCAAGCCACGCAACUUGCACUGCAACGGUCUCGUGAAAGACAAAGACGCAUAUCCAGCGUCAGCUAUGCCGCUCUGGGUUAUGUCCGCCAUGACGGUUCCCGAGUACGAGCCAAUUCUGCCGAGUCUGAUCACAAUCCCUUGCUACAGAUCGUCGAGAGCAAUGAAGAGGGAAGGAAUCCAUCCGUACCGUCCCUACCCUUGUCCUCCGGCGACCAUCUACGAGGUGGUUCGGUAUCUUCGAUCUCUACGGCCGCGUCAGACGGCGAGAACUUGGCCCCAGUAGAGUCCAAUGUACCGCUUACCCACAUUCCCACUGCGGAACAUGCCGAAGAGGAUGUCGCAAACCUCAGAAUACCCCCUCCCGACUACGAUCACUUGGACUGGGGCGAUGCCCCGGCCUAUGAGGACCCUAACGCCACAGAGGCGCGGGACUCGUUACUUAGGACUGUACCCACAAUCCACAUUGAUGUGGUCGGUUCUGACAGAGAAAACGAUGCAGCUACAUCCGAAUCAUCGGAGCAUCAACCUUCUGCAUCCGUGACCACAGAGCAACAUCAGGCAGCUGACACUCCGCCACAAUCGCGAGAUUCUGAGCCUGCAUCUUCUUCUCAGGGUGAAGCGACAAACACUACCACAGGCGGAGGAGAAGACGCUGCCCCUCAAUUACCAACAAUUAGACAAGAGCGCCCCAUCGAAUUCGACGUACUUGGCUACUCUGAACAGCCCACGGAGUCACCCGCUAACCCCCCGGCUGAACCCCCUACGACAGAUUCCUCUCCCUCUCCCCAUCCGACCGAGCAACAUCCUCCUACAUCUAUAAAUACGACCGAACACGCUUAAUACAACCUAUCUUUCUUCGCUUUUCUCUUCUUUGAUUCCCACUUUCCCAGGCGCUGGGAAUCAUACCUUGCAUAUACGGACGAGAGUAUACGAUGACUACCUUCAUUCUUACGAUAAUAAUUGAAGUUACGAGCGUGAGUUUUGGUGCAGCCUACGUUUGUGCCUGGUUUUGUUGUACUUUUUCUCCAUUUAUUUUUCCAUUUCGGCCCAUCGAGGGAUACCUCGAGAGUCUGGCGUUUGAGAUGGCGUCUUCACAUCUUUGGAUCUAGAUGCCCCACCCCCCUUCUGUUAAAGGGGUUCCUGGAGUAUGUAUUAGUAUAUUUAAGCAUAUUUGAGCUUUUGUCAUGAAUACACGAAUGGAUGCAUUGCUGUAUGCACAGAGACAGAAGCUGUAUUGCGUUCCUUUUUAGAUACUGUCUCUCCCUUUGAAGUCUGCGAAUAUUACGCACCUGGAUAUCUUCAUGUUAAUCUCAUUAUUAUUCUUUGGACA